AGUUAAUGAAAUACUCGAACUAAAACCAAACGUCAAUCUUAAAUCAGCUCUGUGAAUUUCGCAUCUUUGAAAUCGUUUAACCGAAAUCAGCUCCUUGUGCUCCGAGUUGUGCAGGCAAUGGAUGGUCCGAUGGGCAUAGGUCAAGGGCAGCCACAGCAGCAACAAGAACAACCACAGCAGCAAGCGGUGGCGAAGGAGAGGCUGAACCCUGCCGUACAGCAGCAACUUAACCUAGAAUCCGUCAAGACCAGAGCCUUGAGCCUUUAUAAAGCCAUCACUCGCAUCCUUGAAGAUUUCGAACUCAUUGCCCGCACCAAUUCCGUACCCAAGUGGCAAGAUGUAUUGGGUCAAUUUUCUAUGGUAAACCUUGAGCUCUAUAACAUUGUCGAAGACAUUAAGAAGGUUUCAAAGGCAUUUGUUGUCCAUCCAAAGAAUGUCAAUGGUGAAAAUGCUGGAAUUUUGCCUGUUAUGAUUUCAUCAAAGCUAUUACCUGAGAUAGAAGCAGAUGACAAUUCCAAACGAGAGCAGUUACUAUACGCAAUGCAAAAUCUCUCUGUACCCUCACAGAUUGAAAAGUUAAAGGCUAGAAUUGACAUGAUUGGAGCAGCUUGUGAAAGCGCUGAAAAAGUCAUUGCUGACACUAGAAAAACCUACUUUGGCACUCGCCAAGGGCCCACCAAUAUCUUAACUCUAGAUAAAGCUCAAGCUGCAAAGAUUCAAGAACAAGAAAAUUUACUUAGACAUGCUGUUAACCAUGGUCAAGGUUUACGCAUACCCAUGGACCAAAGACAGAUCACAUCAUCACUUCCAGCUCAUCUAGUGGAUGUUCUCCCAGUAAAUGAUGGCAUACAGACCAUUUCCGAGUCAUCCGGAAUGUACAUGAAGAACACCCCUCCAAUGUCUUCAAACACUGUAAACAGUCAAGGAGCAUUGUUGCAGGCUUCUGGCUCACAACUCAUGGGAAGAGCAGCUGCAUCACCUUCGGGUCCCACUGGGGCAUCAUCUUUUGAUAACACAACAGCAUCCCCUUUACCAUAUGCAAACUCACCAAGAUCUGGAAACAUGAUGAACACACCUUCCCCACAACAACAAACUCAACAACAACAGCAGCAACAACAACAUCAACAACAACAACAACAACAAAGACAAAGAUUGAUGCAGCAGUUACCACAACAUCAGCAGCAAAUGCUUGCUCAAUCACUCAGGCAAAAUCCAAUGACUGGAUUAGCACAGAAUCAAUUGUCACAGCUGCAUGAUUUGCAAGGUCAACAGAAGUAUCAGUUACAUGGUCAAAAUCAAAUGGCGUUUUCUCAGUCAUUGGGUGGGCAGCAAUUUCAGGGUAGACAGUUACCUUCUGGAGGCAUUCAACAUGGGAUUGCACAAAGUCAACUAAACCAAGGAAACCAAUUAGGUCGUCAUUUAAACCAAAUGUCUACCACUGCCAACACUGCAUUGUUCAAUGCUGCACAAGCUACACCAAAUAACCAAAUGAUGUCGAAUAUGACGGGUAUGAUGCCAUCACAAUCAAUUUUACCUCGGAUGCAGUUUGGAUUAUCGGGUGGCAACCGGACUCUUGGAGCUCAAAAUUUGAGCGAUCAGGUGUUUAAUAUGGGAGGGAAUCCUGGUAGCAUGAUGCCUAUACAGCAACAGCAACAGCAACAACAACAACAGCAGCAAGGUGGCUUUGGGAACAUGCAACAAAACACACAGAAUUUACAACAACAACCUGGUAUGGUACCUAUGCAGCAGAAUCCCCAACAGAACCAUGCCAACUUUCAACAACAUAGACAAAACCAGUAGUAGUACUUAACUACUUAUCUUAUAAUGUGUUAAGGUUGUUACAGUUGACAAAUGUUACUGCUGAUUGCUGAUUGUCUGUUUCUUGGUUCUACUUAUCAGUGUUAACAAAAUGAAAUCGCAUGCAUGCU